AUGAUUAAGCUUCAUAAACUCCUGAUUCAAGAUAUUUUCGAGACUCAUGUUCUCAGAUUUGCAGCAUACAGUCUUGGCUGCCCGCUCAAGUGUGAAUUAGAUGAAGAACGACUGGCAUGGGAGACCGCGGAGGGAGAAUGUAUUCGAGGUCAGGCCGUGAUCCAUUCCACUCGUGCACAAUGUCAUUUUAUAGUGUGGAAGAAGUGUCUGGAACUACCAGACCAUUGCAGCUUCAUCGUGGCCAGCAGCAAGUAA